AUGGAGUUGAACUUCAUUGAAUGUGGAGAUAGAAAACUUGAAAAACUGAUGGUGGCAGCAAUUGACUUUGGUUCAACGUAUUCCGGAUACGCAUUCUCAUCUAAAUAUGAUUUUCAAGCAAAUCCUCUAAUGAUUCACUCAAACCAAUGGGCUUCCACCGAGUCAGGUUUUAUUUCCUGUAAGACUCCUACUACUGUUUUGUUGAGGCCCAAUAAGACCUUCCACAGCUUUGGGUAUGAUGCAGAAGAUAAGUACGCAGAAUUGGCGGAAAAUGACGAACAUGAGGGAUGGUACUACUUCAGUCGCUUUAAGAUGAAACUUAUGAAUGCGCUGGAUAUAUCCAAAGAUCAGACCGGGAGUGACUGUCUUUUUACAGACUUGAAGAGGGACAUGGAAAUAGAGGACAUUGAUGGCAAAAAGAUGCCAUUUAUGACAAUCAUAGCUCACGCCAUUCGUUAUUUGAAAGAGCACUUACUCGAACAGUUAUACGAAAAGAACUUAUUGGACGCCAUAACAGCAGACGGCAUUUUCUGGGUGAUCACUGUUCCCGCCAUUUGGACAGAUUCAGCCAAACAGUUUACACGCGAAGCAGCAAGAGAAGCUGGUAUUAAAGACGACCAAUUAAAGUUAGCGUAUGAGCCAGAAGCUGCAGCCUUGUAUUGUCGUCUACUUCCCAUUGAUAGAUUUGAGAUGGGUGGAGAACACCAAGAACUGGUCCUCCGAACCUUUGAACGAGGGAAAAAAUUCAUGGUUGUAGAUCUUGGAGGGGGAACUGUGGACAUUACAGCUCAAGAAACGACCCAGACAGGCGAAAUGAAAUCCAUUUAUAAAGUAUGUGGAGGACCUUGGGGAGGUACCAGAGUUGAUGAAGAAUUUUUCCAAUUCCUGAUGAAGCUUUUUGGAUCAGAUGUUCUCAGUGAAUUUAAAGUUCAGUGUAGGUCUGACUAUUUACAACUUUUGCGGGCGCUAGAAAUAACCAAAAGAAAAGUUGAUUCUCAUUCAAACCACGCAAUUGUUAUAAGGAUUCCUUUAGCUCUAUUCGAUAUUUUAAAAGAACAUACCGAUUGCAAUAUUUCUGAAAUUGUUGCCCAGUCUCCAUAUGCCAGCUAUAUUAGAUUUUCAAACCAAAAGAUGUUUAUUGACGCUAACUUGUUUCGAAGCUUUUUCAAAAAUUCGCUAUAUGACAUCAUAUCCCAUCUCCAGGCUAUCUUUAAGGAUCCGAGUUGUAACAUGUUAUUAGGAAUAGUGGUUGUUGGUCAAUAUGCAAAUAGUUCUCUAGUUAUUGAAAGACUCAAAGCUGCGUUUCCAAAAAAUCGACUCGUCGUUCCCGUGGAGGCUGGUCUAGCUGUUGCUAGAGGUGCAGUUAUAUAUGGACACAACCCAAAAAUGAUCUGCUCACGCAUUUGUCGCUAUACGUAUGGAGAAGAUGUUUGUGAACCUUUCAAUAAAGAGUUACACCCAUUAAGCAAUAUGACGAAAUUCAACGGAGAAAAAUAUUGCAAAAAUAUUUUUCGAAUGUUUUUUGAAAAAGGACAAAGAGUGUCCUUAGGCGAAAAGCAAUCUUUCACUUCUGUUUUUGACUUUCGAGAUGAAAGCAGAGCAGAUCAACGGAAGGAACCAUUAAAUAUAAAAGUAUAUGUCACGAAUAGGUCAGAUAUUAUGUUUGUUCAUGACGUUGGAUGUCGCGUUUUAGGGGAAGUUAUUGUGAAAUGCAAAGGUAAAUUAUGGCCUGAUAUGUUUACUUGUACUAUAGAAAUGCAGAUUGCUGGAACGGAAAUUCAAGUAUCAGCAAAAAUGAGUACCGGAGAAGAAACCAGCGCUAGGUUUGAGUUCUUGUGA